AUGCAUUCUGAGGACAUUAUCUCCUUCCCAUACCAGCCAGUGGCUCCUUUCAAAGUUGACAGUGUCCUCUGGUUGCAGAACCUGAUGAGUUUGUCCGAAAUCCUUUUGUUCAUUACUCAUACACACUUGUUCAUCAAGGCCUUUGAGUCUCAAGGGCAGAAUUUACCUCUAAACAAAAAGAUGGAAGCUAAACUACAUUUAUUCUACCAGAAAAAAGAUGUUGAAUUAACUGAGAAAGCUUCUAAUUCUUUUGCAACCAACUUGCCAUCAAGAUAUAUUGACAGAAAGAAAUACAUCAAAAUUUCUGAAACAAUAGAGAAGAAAAUUUUACCUGAAAUUAGAGGUUGGACCCCAGAACAUAAAAAAAGGAAUGUAACAUCACUAUACCUAUAUGAAGAAGAAAAAUUCUCUGAUUUAUCAGGAGAAAAUAAAAUCAAGAAAAAGAAAAAUUUACAAGUACAACUGCAUAGGAAAACAACUGAGAUUGACUUUCCCUCUCUGAAGCUAUCAACGGAGAAGAGAACUAGAAAAGAAAACUCUUUGUACAAAUUGCCAAAUCAGUACAGCAUUUGCAAGACUUCACUACCCCUUCAUACAUCUUCCUCAAUUUUGCGGAAAAAGGAAAUGCUUUCUAACCUCUACCUGACAUUAUAUGAUAAUGUAUCCCAAGGAUACUUAUACUCACAAGAAAUAAAUGCACUUCAUAGAGCCUGUAGAAUUUUUAGUAAAAUUCGAAAUGGCAGGAUUUAUGUGAAUGAUCUGCCAACAGUCCUUAGAAUCUUGAAGAUUUCUGUCAGUGAUUCAGAAAUGCGACAAGCACUAAAGGCAGUUGAUAUUGAUGUAUUCCAGGAUGCCUUGAAUACUUUCAGUAGGAUAAAACAUGGUCGAGUUGUCACUGAUGAAGUGAUUGAUGUUUUGGAUAGCAUGGAUAUCCCUAUAAACUAUGAAACUUUACAGGAAGUGCUGAAAUGUUCCUAUAUUGACAGUAACCACAUGGUGGAUAUUGGAAAUAUUGUAUUUGUUUUGAAUGACCUACAUCAGCAAUAUGAAGAUGUUUCAAUUAUGGAUGGGUCAGCCUUGGAUGAAACUGCUUCAAAAAGAAAGUUACCAAGUGUAGCAGAACGCUAUUUAAAACAUAAGAGGAAAAGAAGUCUACCUUCCAAACUGUCUGAAUCUUCAGGAUCCAAAAAGUUGAAUAAAACUCCCCUCCAGCAUCAUAGUAAAUUAAGGGGGGAAAAUGAUGGCUUUGAAUUUAAAAGAGCGAAAAAUAUAUGGCAAGGAAAAAAAUUCCUGGGUGGAAUUGAUAGCAGUAAUACAGAAUUCCAGGAACCAUAUUCAUUAAAUGUUAUAAACUUACAAGAGCAUUCAGAGAAGGCUGAAUUUCCUGCCUCAAAAGUUACACCACAAAGCUUGAAGAGUAUUACAAGCCUCAAUAAGUCCCUGGAUAAAAGUGAUAUUUCUAGUAUUCCCAAGCUCCAGAAUCCAGCUCUCAGAAAGCAUCUCAACCUCCUAAAACAAUUUUCUUCUAAAGAAAAAGCUGCAGUUAAUACUCCGGAAAAUGUCUGUGAAGCUCUCAGUGAAUUCCAAGAUUACAUUGCUGCAGAAGAACUUCAGUCCACUUUGCCUUCAACAGGAAUUCCUACAUUAGAUGAAGAGUUCCAGAAGAAUCUGGCAAAAACUAGAGAUGAAAGUGGAAUGGUGAAGUUAGAUGACUCUUUGAGUACUGUCUCCAAGGAACAAAGUCUUCUUGAAUAUGAUGUGUUGACUGAUGUUAUUAAAGCCAUUGAUAAAAUUAAAGAUGGACGUGUUGGUUAUGCAGAUCUAAAUAACUGUCUUCAGAAUUUUGGAGUUUACCUUUCUAAGCCAGAAUUUGAGAAGAUUGGGGAGUUGACUGAGAUUGAUGAUACAAAAACAGUGAAUUUUAAAGAAUUUGUUGAUACUAUGUUGAACAACACAGACCGCUUCUCUGAAAAAUUACUAUUGCCCAAUGUUAUUGAAGACUUCCACAAUCUCAGCAAGGAGAAGAUGAGUGUCUCCGAUUUGUGGAAUACUUUGAGUAGUUUGAAUAGUAACUUAAAGAAAGACGAGUUCCUGGCUGCACUAAAACUAGUAAAAGUUGACGAAGAUAACAAAGUCCAAUUUGAUGAAUUUGCAGAAGCAGUAAAGAAUGUGAAUGAUGCCUCCAGAUUAGAAGAGUUACGAGAGAUUGUGCUAGCUCUUGAUUCAUUUGGAGGUGAUGUGAUAUCUGAAAAGAACUUGGAAGACUUUCUAAGAAGUGUUGGGAUUAAGUUGCCUCAAGAAGAGGUACAGAAAAUUCUUCAAUCAGAUUUUGUUUCUCAAGACAACAUGGUGAAUAUUAAAGACUUUAUGCAGGCUUUGAGAAACACACAGAAAUUUUCUAAUUUUACUGCAUUGAAUGAGACCAUCAAUAAAUUGGAUUGUAUGAAAAGUUCUGAAUCUGAUAAAGACAAAUAUUCAUAUGUACUUGAAGACACCGAUAGAUCUUAUUUUACUGAUGACACUCUUCAAAAAAGAGUAGAUGACUUCUUUGAUAAGGAAGAUAAAGAUAAAUUUAACAAUGUCAACAUUCACAAAGAUGAUGUUACAGCCAUUUCUGACCUUCAACAAAAUUUAAAUGCCAUAGGAAUCUAUUUAACAGAUGAUAAAAUACAGAACACUUUGUAUAAUACUAAUCCUAAUGAUGAAGUGGUGCAGUUUAAAGAUUUUAUCAGAGAAUUGGCCAAAACUGAUGAAUUUGUUGAGUGUCAGAGAGUUGAAGAUGCAUGGAACAUUAUUAAUAGUAUCUCUGAUGGAAAAGUUGAAGUCAAAGACCUUCUAUCUAGCUUGAACAGCCUAGAGAAACCUUUAAAUGAAAAGCAAUCGAAGGUGUUACUGAACUCUGCAACAGCUGAAAACAGUGAAGUAAGUCUCAAAGAAAUCUUGGAGAAUUUGAGCAAGAAUAAGCCAGCUCCUAUAUUUGAAGAUAUAAACACUGCCCUCAAAAAUGUCAACUUGAUAAAUGAUGACAGAAUUCCAGUUAAUGACUUGAAAGAUGCUUUUGAAGACCUCAAUAUCUUUUUAAAGCCUGAAGAACAUCAGAUGUUAGAGAAAACACUUGAUGUUGAUGGAUUUGAACUUCGUCUUGAAGUCUCUGAAGAAUUAUCAAAGAAUUCAUUUGAAGAAUUUGAAGUUGAAGAAUGGCAUGAUUAA